GUUUGAUUUGUCUCAAGGUUGUAAAUCAGCUGUUCAUUAGAAAUGGCGUUUACUUUGGAUGAUGAUAAAAGAUGUCAGCUUAAUGAGGAUAUCAUUAAACAGCUAUACCUUGUGGCUUAUAUGCAGGGAAGCAAGCUUCCAACAUGCCUUGUUACUAACUCAAAAUGUAGCAAGGUUCAGGUUCGCGGAGAUGGACGUACUGCUGUUGACAUGAGAUCACAUGUACAUCAAACUGUUUUACCUGUGGUUAUAAAAGCUGAUCACCCAAUUCCAGUUUCAUGUAGCGUUUAUUAUUUCGAGAUAACCGUUAAUGUUAAAAGUCGUUCUGGUUUACUUGCUUUGGGUGUAUGUUCAUCACGUUCAUCUACAAAUGAAUGGCCAGGGAUGGAAUUUACAUCGUAUGGUUACCACAGUAAUAGCGGAACAAUUUAUCAUAAUUCCAAAGAACUACCCAUUUCUGCGCCUAGUUUUGGUGAAUCGGAUAUAAUUGGUUGCGGUGUGAAUUUUGUUAAUAAUUCUGUUUUUUUCACAAAAAAUGGUGUAUUCGUUGGACCAAUAAGUGCUGGUAAAAAGUUGCCACAUCCAGUCUAUCCUUGCAUUGCUUUCGCCUGUCCCAAUUGCCAUGUGAGCGUCAAUUUCGGUCAUCACAAAUUUGCAUACAAUAUUGGUCAGUAUAUUGCUCGUGAACGUGCUGUAGCAAUAAGUACAGCAGUCGAUCGUAAAUGUAAUGAUCAGUUAGCUUAUGUGACAAUGAGAAACUUAGUCGCAACCUAUCUAUUACACAACGGUUUCCUUGAGUCGGCUCAAGCUUUAGGCGAAUGGGUCACAAAGGCUUCUAUCGAUUCUUCUACUACGACCAAUGAAAACAAUGAGGUUACUGAUAAUAAUGACUAUAAUUUACAUCAUAAUGAAGACAGCAGUAGUAAUUAUGACACAAACGGUAAAUCACCUGUAAAAUCAUCUGAAUCUGAAACACCGAAUGGUAGUUGUCCAUCGUCUAUAAACAAACAUAUAUAUCAAAUAGAUUCAAUAACAAAUUCUACAAAUGGCACUUGUCAUUUGAACAACGAUCACAAUCAUAGUAACCACAAUAAUACUGACACUGAUAAUAACAGUAUUACUUUCGAUGAACUAGGUGGUGAACAGCAAUCAAAGUUGCCAACAACAGCGCCAACCAAUCAACAUUAUCAGUCGAAGGCAAAUUUAGUCAAAUCAUCGAAGGAUACAAUCCUAAAUGAUUUAUUUCGUUGGCCUGAAGCUGUAGAUAUACUACUAAGACGAAGACAUUUAAGAGAGACUAUUCGUAACGGUGAUUAUUUAUCUGCAUUAGAUCAAUUAAAAGCUUAUUUCAAAACAUUAUGGGAAAAUGAUCCAUCUAUUACGUUUGUAUUAAAAUGUCAUCAUUUUAUAGAUUUAAUACGUCAGCAUUAUACAACCAAUUCUUCCAAAGAACCUGCAUCUUUAAACGGUUUACCUGACAAUAAUAAUAUUGAUAGUAAUAUUAGGAAAACAUUACAAUCUAACGGCUUAUAUACUCAUCGAAAUAGUCAAAAGAGAAUGAAGCCUUCAAGCUCUUCAGAAUCAUCACCUGAAAUAACAACAACACCUAAUAAACAUGAUUGUCAAUGUAAACAUUUAAUUAAUUCUAAUCAUAAUCAUCAUUCAAUGAAUUUAGAGCUAACAGCUCACACAACAAUUGAUGCUACUAAUAUUACAAAUAAUUCUAUCAUCAAUCGACCGUCUUGUUUAACAUCAACUACUAAUAAUUAUAAUCAUUCACAUAAUCCAUCAGAUUAUCAAUCACCUGUUAGGCUUCGUUUUAACCUACCAAGUAAUGAAUGGAAUAAUAAUGGAUUAUUAUUACCAGCAAUAAGUAGUGAAUAUAGCUCUGAAAUUCUACCGUCAGUCUUUCCAAAAAAUGGUCCUUCUCUUAAUGAUAAUAGUCCUUCUGCUAAUGGUACUGGUGUUAGCCUUGACUGUAUUACUAAUGGUAAUAAUAAUGAUAAUAAUUCAUCAGAAAUCAUCUGUCCUGUUAUGUUCCCUGUCUAUGCAGAAAACAAUCACAUUAAGGCUAAUGAAAUUAUAACAAAUGGCAAUUCAGUGUAUUCACCUGUUGAUGAUGACUCUACCAUAUCUUUGUCUAAAAUCGAUCCAAUUGAUCAUGAAAAUAAUUCUGUGGAAAAUAAACAAAAUGGUGAUUUGUUUCAUUCAGUCAACAGUAAUGGAUUUUAUUUUGAUGAUUCCAUUAAUUCUAAUCAUCAUCCACAUCAUCAUCAUAAUUAUUUCGAUAAUAAUAAUAAUAACAAUAAUAAUAAUAAUAAUGGUGAUGUUGAAAGUGUUGAUCAGAUAUUGAAUAAUGAACUACGUGAGUUAAUUGAAUAUGGACGUAAUUUACGAUCAAGUGCACUAGAAUUGCAACGUCAAGGAGUGAUCAGUUUGGAACAAUGGUUACUUUUAAGUGAUGCAUUCAGUUUAGUUGCAUAUCAAAAUCCAUACAAAAGUCCGCUUAGUGGUUUGUUACAUCCAAAAUAUCGAGAAUUAUUAGCUGAUGCUGUAAAUGAUACUAUUUUGGUGCAUUUAAAACAACCUUGUCGUCCGGUUUUGGAUAUAGCUUUAACAUAUUUGGAACAUGUUUUAACCGAUGAAGGAUCAUCGUGUAAAACAACCAACAAUGGUCCCUUUGGUUUUUAUCGUUUCAAAUCUGGUCAGUCAAAUGUUAGCGGGUUAUCUGUUGAUCCUUUACAAAAUAGAACUCCUACUGCCAGGACUACUGCUGAUGAUAUUUGUCUUACAUCUAGAACUAAUCAUACACCAACUCAUGAAUCUACAAUAACACCUGCUUCACGUGAUACACCAACUACACCAAAUCGUAGUAUAGCAAUAGGUAUCAUGCAUCGUGAUGAUAUUGAUGGUGAACCACGGCAUAUAACAACUGAUAUUCAAACAUAUGCUUUGAGUUUAAAUGAAUUCAAUGGUUCUACAAAUCUACUUCGUCCUGCUAGUACUUCAAUUAUAUCCAGCUCUUUGUAUGUUCCUCCAUCGGCUUUAAUUUCAUUAACUGGACGAAAUAAUAAUCCAAUUACUCGAAGUUCCGACAUACAGAGAUCAUCAUUAUCAACAUCACGCACAAGACCAACAAGUUUACAAAACUUAAUUCAUCAACGACAUCAGUCACAAUUACUUGAUAAUCAGAGUACUACUACAAUGACUGGUACCACUACUACUACUGCUACUACCAGUAGUAGUACUUCAUCACCUUCACAUUUCAAUCGCUUUCUAGUCACAACAGCUAGUUGGCCUGCUUCCACAUCUUUUUCCUCGUCAACAUCAAAUAACACUACCGCUACUACUACUACCACUACUAGUACUACACAAAAUCUUAAUCGUUUCUCACCUUCACGUAUUACCGUUACCUCUUCUCUUACUAAUACGCAUGCACCAACUGGACCGGAAUUAGCAGGAUUUUUUCAUCCAAUUUUAUUUAUAGGAUAAACGAGAUUUUUCUAUGCGUACAUUAUCGUUGUUGUUGAGGUUGUUUUUCUUUUUAAAGGAUAAAAAACCAUAAGAUUAGAUGACUUUUCAGUCUAUACUUUUUCCCUCUGGGUAUUUUCCUUUCUUUAUCUGUUAACAUGCACCAUAUCCUCUCCCUUACCCCAACUAUUCUUCAGUUUAAUCCCCCCUCCCUAUCUUAUUUCAAUUGCCAAUGUAAUUAUAAUCCCUUCAUAAUGGAUGUUUGUUACUUUGUUGCUUUCAUAUUUAUACUUAUAUUAUGAUAUAUUGAUUUGCAGUUGUUUAAUUAUUAUUACUAUAAGUGAUAAUUUCUUUUUACUUUAGACAACUAUUUUCAGUUGUGAAAUGACUUUGUUCCUUUUUUAAAGAAUGUAAUUAAAUGAUUAAAUUUGAGGAACAUAUUGUUUAUGCAGUCCUGUUUCGAUGGUUAAAUGUAUUAUAUUUAAUGAUAUUUAUACACUCAGAGGCAUGCAAACGAAAAACACCAUAAAUACAAUCGAUAGGUAAAUAAAUGACAAACAAUAAGAGUAAAGAACAUUAAAGAAAACAAACGAUGGGAUUAUUUGUUAUACAAGGAAAUAAAGAAUACAAGAUGAAUUACUAAUGUAAAAUUCAUUGGAUUACUGAUCUGAAGAAAAGAAAGAAACAAAGCAAUAAUGAGGUAGGCAGGUGAUGUAUACACUAACAUCUUAUUCUUUUCAAAAAUAUACGUAUCCAGGUAGUUUAUUCUUAUUCACUCGAAUCAUCAUCUGUUUAGAUCAUACAGUUAAUAAUGAUUAUGCAUACACAGUUGCUGUGCUCAAGAUGAAAAGUAUGCUGAUCUGCUUCUUUGUGUGUGUGUGUGUGUUCGUAUGUGUACGCCUAUGUUUGUACUUUUUUUAUUUUUUACUAAGCUGGAACAAAAACUUCGUUCUUUUUUUCUGAUAACUACUAUUUUUUUUAAAGAAAGAAAAUACUACUAAUUAUGUCCCCCUCCCUUUUUGUCGAGAAAUUUGUUUUCCAUUGUUAUUACUUGUAUUUCCCUUCUUUUUAUGUCUUUCUGUAAUAAACUCUUCUCACUAGUUGACCACAUUUUUAUAAAUUAGAAAAGUAUACUUUUAAAAAGGAAUAAAUGGUUUACCUGAUACUCUUGACUUUCUUAAUUAUCUUGUGAAAAACAGUUUAUUAUUCUUGUUUAUCUGCUAAUAACUUGUGGCCAACAAAAUCCACUAAUGUUAAUAAUAAAUAAAUUAUUUAUAUUGACCCCCCUUUUAAUAAAGUUUGUGCACAGUCUGUUAACCAAUCAGUUUUAAUUACGUGAAAAUAAUAUACACAUGUGUUUGUUUAAUCGUAUACAUUUACUUAUUUUCUCUUACAUAUACACUUGUGUAUUACAAUCCACUUAGACUUUCCUUUCAUCAUAUCCACAUAUGAUUAAGUUUUCUUUUGAUGGAAGAGAGAGAGAGAGGCGCUGAGUUGGUCUCUUUUCACUAUCUUCAAUCGUCUUUUUAUAUUAUUUUCAACAAACAGAGAAAAUAAUCUGAUAUUACUAUUACUACUAUUACUAUCACAAAUAUUAUUACUGUUACAUGAUUUGUUUAAUUCAAUCAACUAUAUUUGUUUGUAUUAUUAUGCAAUUUUUUUUUUACUAAACAAAAGAAUUCGCUCUAGUUUAUUCAUUAACUUCUUCGUGUAGCUACUGUUUACUACUCUCUGGUUCGUUGAUUGGUUCACUUUAAGAAGUAAAUAACUUGAGGAUUAUUAUUGAGCCAUUUCAUUCUAUGUGUGGAAGAGAGAGAGAGAGAGUUUUUCUUAUAAUUUUUUAUAUAUUUAAUCUAAACAAGGAAGUUUACAACAAAAUGAGAGAUAAUAACUGAGAGACUUCGUUAUAUCCUUGAGACUAUCAUAAUAAUAAUAAUAAUUAUUAUUAUUUUUACCAUUAAAUAAAAAUCUACAAUGAAUAUGACUAUUGAAAUAAUGAUAAUUACUGUUAUUGUUACAAUUCUGGGAAUGAAUGUUUUUACAAAUAAAUAAAUGGAAUUUCAUUGUAUGUAAUUUGUUGUAUUGUUAUUGGUUAUUUUCAGUUGAUUGAAAUGAAGGGUUAUUUGCUAAAACUUAUUAAGCAAAUGUAAUAAGAAGAAUAUAAUUCAACAAUGAUAAGUAAACUUUAGAUAAGCUUCAGAACAAUCUCUAAUAUGUAACUUGAUUGACAAGUUAUUACUAUAACUAACUUUCCGCA